GCUGUCCGGUGCUGAGAGGGAAGAAGAUGAGCUCAGCGCGCGCCGGGGGGCAGGUAACGUCAGCAGUCGGCCGGAGCAGAAAAAGACUAUACACACACAAACACACACACACAUACACAUACACACAGGCUCACACCAAGUGUUUAUCUCCGCUUCAUCUCUGAUACACACCGACACACGUUAAUGAUGGGCGGAUAAGCAGCUCCGUGAGACUGAGCUCCGCUUUUUUAAAAUUGCUUUUCACGAGUGCCUCGGCAGCAUCCCGCGCCCUCCGCUUGGCUUGAGAUGGGAUGAUAUGGGAUUUUUCAUGUCGACGAAGAUCGGAGGGAUACUCGCGUUUGCCCUGGUAUUUCUGUCCCUGAUGGUGUCAGGAAACUUGGAUGCUGACGCUAAGUGUGAGAACAUUUAUAAGGACUUUUCUGAUUGUGUCCUGGAGCUGGGAGACAGCAUGGAUAACUAUCAGGAGAACGUGACGAGCGAGACGGGAGUGGCAGCCGUGUGCAGCCACUGGGAAGCUUUCCACACGUGUGCCCUCACAGCGCUGUCCGACUGUCAGGAGGAGGUGAGCUCCAUCUGGGAGAAUCUGAGGCAGGACUCCACCAAGUUGCGCUUCCAGGGAAGUCUGUUUGACCUGUGCAGCCCCAGCUCCUCGCCUAGCAUCAGCUCGCCUCUGGCGGCCCUCACACUGCCUCUGAUGGGUGCAAUGAUCAUGGCCGGGCCCAACUGGUAUCCUGUAUAGAUGGUGGGGAUUGAGGGAUUGAGGGUGAGGGCCUCACAUUCCCCUGGGUCAGUCCUUUGAGUUCAAAACUGAAGCCAAGGAUUUAAGAGGAUAAGGAUUAUUAUCACACAGAGCCAUCAAUAUUUGCUUGGAAGAAUAAUACUUCAGCUUGAUCCCCCCUUAUGUCGAGAAACUGAGUUGAGAAAAUUACAUUUCAGCCAACUUAUCAAUCGAGAGAGACUUGAGUAUUCAAAGGAUUUCAGAUACAAUGUAAGCAGGCCAGUCACACACAUAUUGCUCUGGGUUACUGAUAUUAAAGAAGUGGACACAAAAGCAUGAACACCCUUGCAAUCUAAUUUAAUGAAGAUUAUAUAUUAUUAUUAUCAUGUUUGGUUCUUGUCGGUUCUAAAGUUUAGUUUAUUUAGAUUAAAUUACAUUAAAUAAGAAUUGACGGAUAGUUUGACUUUUUGCAGGUACAGGACAGUGCAGGUACAUUUUUUGAUAUCUCUCAUAAGCAAUUUAGUAAAAUAAGUAAGAAAAAACCAUCAAAGUAAAUACACACUACAUGCAAUAUGAAUUAUAAAAAUACAGACAAUGAACAAUUAUACUUAAAUGUAUUGCACCAAAGAGGACUGUUGAGAGACAUACAGGUAAAGGACACAGUAUUUGUGGUUUUCAUUAAGGUGUUCAUGUUUUUAUACCCUCUUCCUGUAUAUUGUGUUUUAUGGGAUAGUUCAACAUUUUGGGACUUAGCCGAUGCUAUACUUACCUCAUGUCUGUAUUCUAAAUAUAUAAGUAUGCUAGUGCCAUCAGCCAGUUAGCUUAGCUUAGCACUAAGCAGCUCCUCUAACUGCUCAAAGCCAAGAAAUAGUUUGGAACAUCCCUGUAAAACCACAACUUUUUACAACUUUGUACAGAUUUAACAAUCAAAUCUAUAAUAGCAGCUUUAGUUUACAGACAACUUGGUGGUAUCCAUUGUCACACGAAAGCACAUUUAAGUGUAUUUCUGAAAAAGUGGAACUAUCCCUUUAAACAAGAGCUACAUUUUAAUCCCCAGUGAGUUUGUAUAAAUAAAAACAAUCCAUCAUACAAUAAUUACCUGUCACAUAACAAGAAAACAUUUAAAGCAGCAUUUCAGCAACAAACAAAAAACAGCAAUAUCCCCAUACAUAAUGUCACUAUCAGUCAUUAAAACAACAGGAUGAAAAACCAUGAAAAAGAUGGAACCAGACAUUAAUCUGACUGGAUUCCAACUUUAUUACACUAAAGCUAGCAAAUAAACACCAUCCAGAUAAAGGUGAAAAGCCCCUUUAUUCUGUUGUCAAGCGUGCUGAAUGUUUGUGUUUGUGACAAUCAAGCCACUUUACCCCUCCAACACUUUGGCCCAAUGUGGCUGAUGUUGCAUGGCUGCUAUAAAGACACCAAAAACAUCCUGACACUAAACACCACCGAAACAUCACUUUAAACUACUUCAUAAACACAGUAUGGCAUACAGACUACACAUGGGUGGAUAUAUUGCAGAGAUUGUUAAGGAAGAAUCGAUAUAUUAUGAAAACUCCCCAAAUAAUCAUAUUUAUGAGUACUAAAACACAUCAUUUAUUUCAAUUGAAACACUCUCCAAUUGAGUAGAAUAUUAUGCAACAGUGAAACAAUUGCUUAUUUUUGUAAGAUAUCUAUACAAUCACUUUUGUAUCAAUUGUAUUUCAAUUACAGAUUUACUCAUUAAUGAAUUGCAUAUUUACAAUAUCAAACAAAAUACUUUACCAACUGUGAUGCUCACGUUAUCUGUUUAAUGCUUUAAAUCUAUAUUCCUUUGAGAAACGUUGGCAUGAUUUUAAGCAUCAGAAGCAGCCAAGAACGACUGAAUCUCGACAGAAAAAAAGCAUCUUUGUUACAGCUUAAAACAAAAAUAACUGGCAAGAUCUCCACUCAUGUAACACUGGUAGCCAAUAGGCUGUGUGAUGUAUCACAAAUUGUAAUGGUGAAUACAAAAUCAAUGUUCAGGUUAAAAUCAUCUCACAGAAAUAUGAUGUUUUAUUGCAGUGCUCAUCAUAGAUUCUGAGCACACUGAAAAUGAAUGAGCGAAAGUCUCAAUUAGUUUUAUUUGUUUGUUCUUCAAAAACGGUGUCACCAUUUGCAUAUUUAUUUUUAAUCUUGACGGUCCUCAUAGGCCUUUUCAAAAAUAUGGAUGAUUUCCUGAAUAUUUGAUACCUUUGAUCCAAAAUGCAUGAUACUUUUAGUGACUUCAUAAUAAUGAACAGUCUGUUGAUGAUAACUUGGACUACAUGUGCAGUGGUAUUGCUCUGCGCAUGCAGUUAUAGCAUCCUUUGCAGAUCCUGAAUCCACCCACCUCCACCUCUUCCAGCAUGUUUGUUCUAGUCGUUUCUAUUUAUUUCAUGUUUCACGAGUGAUGGCAUAAUGUCAACCAUUGUGUGUGUCUGGUACUGAGAAUUACAAAAACAGUCCUCAAAGCAUGAGCAAUAUGUACGGUCACGGUAAAAAGAGGACUCUCAUCCCUUUGUGUGCAGAAAGCAUGAAAACAACUGUGUUAUCAUUAGCAUUAUACCAACAUGGAGAGAACUUCUGAAUGUAAAAACAAGCAUCCAUGUUUUGUUUUCAGUUUACUGAUAGAAAAGCACACUAUUUACAACUGUAUAAAGCAAUAUAUGGCAAAGUAAUGUGUUUGUAAUAAUAAAGCACCGUGUUUAAAACA